AUGAAGCGUGGAACUCAUUGACGUUUACUGUUCAAGAGAAUGCUGAUGUUUCAACAAACAAUUCCAAUAUCCAACAGGAAGAAAACAAGGAAGAAAAACUUACACCAGAGAAUAAUAGGCAAUAUAAGG